GGUAGUACAUCACACGAUCAUUUAUAUCAGGGCAGAUUUAUCGUUGUUAGCCUACAGUUAAUCCGAUUUUGUUAAAACGUUUACUACCACAGACACUACUACUAAAGAACAAUGUAGGUCUACUGUUUUUAAUUUUAGUAAAACAAGCAGCACUGGAUAUCAAAGUCGUCAUCUGACAGCUAUCGUAAAGAUUUGAUCUAAUGAAGAAAUUAACAAUUCUGGCUAAACGCGGAGUACAUUUUUGUGAUUUAAUUGGAUCAAACUUAUUUAUCGAAAAAUAACCAGAUGAAAGAGACAGGUCUACUUGGAAAGGACGGUUGACUAAAGUUUAUAAUUGUCUGACUUUAGAUCAGACGGGUUGUAAUGAUGAAUUUGUCGUCAUCAACCACUUGACAAUUUUUUCUCAAAUACAAGUCGACCUGAAGGAAGAAAUCAUUUAUAGUCUUUGGAUCAGCGAUUGUAAGCAAAAGUGGAAAUAUAGGGAGAAACUAGAGUGACACAACAUGUUUAAUUGGGUUGCUGCAGUUCUUGCGCUCGGAUUGGAGUUGUUUUCGGUGGGAGGGUGUGGUGGAGGUCCGUUGCUGAUGCUGGGCAGAUUGCAUUUAUCUCCGCAUCUCUGUGCUCCGCUCCUUUUAAUGCUGCCACUGGAUGGCUGCGCGUCGCACUUCGACGUGAGAUUAUUCAUUUAAAUCUGAUUUAAAAAAAACAAGCGAACAAACAAACAUGACAGAUAUUAUUACUUCAGAUCCUUGCCCGAUUCCCAAUCCGACUAUCGUGGACCCGACGGCUGUGCAAAACGGACAAUGCGCCGCUGCCCAGGAUCCGAACCUACCCAAGAGAGGGAGUCAGGGCGAUCUUUUCAAUAUGGACCGGGACCAUGAGAUGAAAAUCACAGACACCGUUGAGUCAGGUCUCUUGGAGAGCAGUAUGCGCCUGAAGCCUCAUGAAGCUCAGAGUUACAGGAAGAAAGCUCUAUGGGUGUCCUGGAUCUCCAUAGUGGUGACGAUCAUCCUGGCUGUGGCAGCCUUCACUGUAUCGUUCAUGAGACACAGUGCAUCUGCUUUUGGAUUUGCUUUUGAUGCGACGUUAGAUGUUCUUUCCUCCAUUAUAGUGCUGUGGCGCUAUAGCAACGCUGCAGCAGUGCACUCUGCCCACAGAGAACACUUAGCCUGUGUGAUCCUCGGAGUGAUUUUCAUCUUGUCCUCUUUGUGUAUUUUGGGGAAGGCCAUCCAUGAUCUUGCUACCGAGCUUCUACCUGAAGUGGAUGACUUCCUGUUUAGCGUUUCCAUUGUCAGUGGCAUCACGUGUGUUAUUCUGACUGUUGUUAAAUUCAUGCUGGGGAGGAUUUUAACCAGCAGAGCCCUUAUUACUGAUGGCUUUAAUUCUAUGGUCGGAGGCAUCAUGGGCUUUUCCAUCCUUAUUAGCGCUGAGGUGUUUAAACAUCACCCAAAUGUUUGGUAUCUGGAUGGAACCAUCGGGGUCCUGAUUGGACUCGUCAUUCUAGCUUAUGGGAUCAAGCUGUUGGUUGACAUGGUACCACGAGUAAGACAAACUCGAAACUAUGAGCGCUUUGAGUAAUGUUGGGUCAGAGGAAAAAAGCAACAGUUUGGAUCCAUCCAUGCUGCGGCCUCCAUCUGCUCCUGCCCUGCCUCUCUCUCAUCACACCCAAAUACUGUACAUCCAGGAAUAAUGUCUGCUGGCAGCCAAUUCAGCAUCAUCUACUAGACUCAUCACACCCACCAGCUUCUGAUAUCCUCUUUCACUCGGCACAACAUCUUAUGGGUGAAGAGGAGAGGAAUCAACAUGAAUACAGAGUUGGCGGGACCAUCAGUGUUUGUCCAUAUACUUCUCUAAACCUGGAGCUAUGUUCUCCUGGAUGGAAGUUCUGGUUUCAAAGAGAGAUCAGCAUUUAUAGUGUCAUUUUGCCACAGCCUUGAAAUCACAUUAUGUUAAUUACUAUUUAAAAUUUAAUUUAUAGAGUAAAUGUCGGUCACUAUAAUGACAAACCAUAUUAAUGUGCAUCUGAAACCGCUUAUAAUGCACUUUUGGUGGUCAAACUAAUAUCUUUCUGUUAACAGUCAACCUACGUUUGGAGCUGUUGCCCCGCAGAAUGGGUAUAAUAUACACACUAUGUAAGGUAUGUUUAUAUUUUACUGUAAAAUAUUGUAUAUAACCUUUCAGAGAUCUGCACUUCCAGCGUAAUACUCCUUUUAAUAAAGAAAGUACAUAAAACAUGCAUGGCCAAGACUUCUCACACAGACACAGUUCAGGGUUGUGUGUGUCGAUAGUGGAAGAGAAUAACCAGCACAAUCCUUUUCAACAUGAGCCAGGGAUAUUAGUAGUUUGACAAUGAUCGUGGCUGUUUUUGGAUAUCUGUUGAAUCAUUUACACUACCAAUACAACAACAAAAAUGGCCAAAUUUGCUGAUGAACAAGUGAUUUACUUGGCAUGCACUGCUGUGCCAGUUUAAUUUAUUGAAUUUGUCAGAUAUUCCUUUGUGCCAAGUUAUAAACAGCCUGAAGUAUCAUCUGAUGUACCAAUGAAUGAUAGAGGAUCUAGCAGACAGAGAAAGAAUGCCUGGUGUAUUACAUUGGGCUUGUGAAGAGGACAGUGCAUUCCAUAAUGUACGUAGAACAAAUCAUUGUGAAUAUGAAGCACAUUUUAGUAUCUCUCUGUUUAACAGUGCUAAUGGGAAAUAUUUAAUAAACGUUGUCUUUUCAUUUGUUUAGUCACAGAGAUUGAAGCAUAAACCCAAAUGUUGUAUAAGCAUUUGUGAUGUACAUGAAAAAUAGCACAACAGCAAAUGUAAAUUGAAUUUAUAGCUUUAUUUAUUUUACAUGGAGCCUGUUACAUGGUUGGUUACUAAGUGCACAAAUAUAACAUUUUAAUCUAAUGGUUUGGUACAAUAUACAGUUUGUCACUGAUUAUUUUGUCCUGAAAAUUAUUAUUAUUAUUAUAACCUUUAUUUAACCAGUAAAAUAAAAACAUUACAAUGUUACAGUUAAACAAAUAUUGACGUGCUGAUGAAAGCAACUGAGCAUCUGUGGGAAAUGUGUUCUUGCAGCAACACACACACUUAUACAUCCUGUACAUCAUUUACAGUAUGUUGUAGAGAAUGUCAGUGUCCUUUUUUAAAUAACAUUUUGAACUAACUUUUAAACAAACAUCUUUGGCUUAAGUUUCGUCCGUCUCAUAUUUUUGGGACUGCAGUGUAACUGAAUGUAAAUGACUGUGAUGAAUUCAGAGCUCACCUCCUGCAAACUGAUGUAUCACACCAAUAUAAACAGACAAUCAUGAGCCGAAAAAUAACUGCAGCAAAGCCUCAUGUUUACUGCUGAAUGUGAUCUCAUCUGAAGAGAGAAACUUCACAUCAGAAUAUUACUUAUAUUUGUCGUGUUUUCUUCAUCAGGAGAAGGUUGUUGGUUUUCAUUUAGACAAUUUAUUAUCGGUUUGUUUUUUCAGGUGAUUGCCACAUUUGUGGUUUAAUGCAGUGUUCUUUCUAUUUAUCUAUUUAUGUAUCAAUUGACAGCUUGAAUAUUAUUCAAAUUCGGUGUUUCAUAAUCCUGUCUAGUGCUGUAUUGACUUAGAUAUGUGUAUGUGUAUAGCUACCAAUGGUAACUGGUAUGUCAAUGUGCCGGAUGCUGUAUUAUGUUUACAUAAUUUGGUAUUAAGUACUACUAAUACUGUAAUAUUCAGAUGUCAGGUCACAACUGCCAGGUGAGGCAGGCUGUUUGUUAUUGCUCAUUUGCAUUAUUCUGAUCCUAUGUUUUCAUAAUGUGCUGCUUUGUAAAUAUUUAUGCAUGUGUUACAAUAGGUCCUAAUGUACCAUCAACUGACAUGUUGGAGAAUGGUGCUGUGGUCAUAGACUUAGUGGCAAUAGUUGCUUUUGCAUUACUAUAAAUAUCAUCAGGGUCACACAAUGGGUAAUACUGCAACAUUGACUUAUUUGUUACAAUUGUAAAAAUCACAGAUCUGUCUAGAUUCCAAAGAUGAAACUGUUAAACUACUAAAGCACCAGACCCUGAUUUAGCUGGUUCAGACAUGAAGACAAGUCUGUUCUAAUGCUGUACUGUAGUCUUAGCGUUUACGUAAGCAAUACUCACUGCUAUGCUUUGCAUGUAAAGAAAACCCAUACCCAAAAAUGAUACCCAAACACAUACUGACACAUGAGCACACGCAUGCAUAAGCAAAUGCAGACACAACAAUAUUUCUAAUGUCAAAUCAUGUCUGGCACAUAAACCGAAUGUAAAUAAAUAUUCUGAAUGUACAUUUAUUUCAGUAGUAAUACUGAUAUAUAUAUAUUUCUGUAGAACAUGUGGAAGAUGAAUAGCUUAACAUUAAAGGUUGUACAAAAAACUAUGUGUCUAAAUCGUCUGUAGUGUUCCAUUUGUAAUGCUCAUUAUAAAUAUAACUACACUAAACACAAAAGGCAACAUAGAAUCGAAGAACAAAUGAAAAGAUUUUAAUAGAAAUAUCAAAGGGCCAAUGUCGAUUUGUAAGCAAAAGGGCAAAAGAAAAACUUAUGUUAACUAUCUAUUCUCAGUGAUUAGAACAUCCAUAAACAUUUGUUAGAUUAUGUAAAUGAGGCAAAAACUGAUUUCUCUUUAUUUGAGUGCUGUCCAUUUGUUUAGAGCAGGUGUUCUGCACUUAUCCGUUCUGGCCACUAGAUGGCGGAAUGUUAACAAGCACACUCACAGUUCAGAAAAUGUCAAUUUAAUGACCAAAUUAACAUCCAACUUUUUCUAAAAUACAAGCUCUCAAAAUUAAAAUUCAAUAAACACAUGUAUUAAGAAAUUGCCAAACGCCAUAAAGUUGCGGGGGAAAACAUUUGCAUGUCUUAGCAACAGUGCAAAUCUCACUUGUAAUAAAUAAUAGAGGGAAAAUAAAAAGUAGCUACGCUACUUGUAAUUAAGCACUUGUUUGUUUCACAUACAUUUUAGUAAGCAAAAAAAGCUUAUGGUGUUGGUCGAGAGAAUGCAACUGUAAUACCCCCUUCAGUCAAUAGGAGGCAGAGAACGAAAGAUUAAUUUCACACGUGACCUCUGCACAAAAAAAAAUCAUGGCACAUUAUUAUUUCUCUCACAGAUAUAUUCACAAUGUCAAGUCUAUAUUGUAUCAGAUGGUAAUACCUACAGUAUAUUAUUAUUAGAAGCCUACCUUUAAAAACAAAGGGCAUCAAUACACUGAUGUUUACCUAAAUCUUGAUGGAUAAGCUAUAAAAUAGAGGCUCAUUUUACCAUAAUUUUAUCAUCACAUGCUUUAGUAGCUGCUGCUUCGCGGUUGGUCACAUUCCACUGUAGAUGCGGCCAAAUUCAGCGAUAUCUAAGAAACACCACUUGUGGAAAACUGCACCAUCUGCCUCCUGCUGACCACGCUUGGAUUUCCAAGCACUUCUGCGAGAAACUC